AUGGGCUACGACUCCACCAUCACAUUCACCCUCGACACCAUAUGUCCCUGGACAUACAUAGCGCUCGCGCGCCUCCGCCGCGCCCUCGCCACCCACCGCACCACCAACCCCGCAUCGCCCGUGACCUUUACCCUGCACAUUGCACCCUACCAGCUCUACCCGUCGUUCCCGCGCCAAGGCACCGAUAAACACGCCUGGUACCGCGACGAGAAAUACAGUGGUUCCGAGGCGCGAUUCGAGAAAUACGCCGCUUACAUGUCCGCGCUGGGCAAGGACGAGGGCAUCGCGUUUGACUUUGCCAGCGGGGACAUUGCGAAUUCAUUCCCCGCCCACCGCGUGCUCCAGUACGUGCAGGCCACGCGUGGGCCGGAGGCUGCGCUCGAGGGGCUCGGGAAGGCGUACAGCAUGUAUUUUGAGCAGGGGGCACAUCCGAGUAGUAAUGCGACGCUGGUCGAGGUGUGUCUUGCGGCGGGGUUGAGUGGGGAGGAGGCGGAAAGGGUGGCGCGGGAUGAGGGCGUGCAUGCGGUGGAGACGCGCAUGGCAGUGCAGGAGCAGACUGGGAAUGGGGUAGACAGCGUGCCCUACGUUGUGUUUGAGGGGCGGAGGAGGGAUUUCACGCUUAUCGGGGCAAAGGAGGUCGGAGAAUAUGAGAAGAUCUUGAAGCAGGUGGUCAAGGAGGCGAUGUAG